AUUACCAACAGCUUCUCUCUUCUCUUUCUCAAAUUCUUUUCCUUGCCCAACAACUUCCCUGAUCCUUCCGACAUGGCCGUCGACUCGGUGAUGCCGUCUCUGCUGGGCCCACCGGCGUGCGAGAAGGACGCAAAAGCACUCCAGUUCAUCGAGGAGAUGACCCGGAACGUGGACCCGGUCCAGGAGAGGGUGCUCGGGGAGAUACUCAGCCGGAACGCGGAGACCGAGUACCUGAGCCGGUUCGGGCUCGGCGGCACGACGGACCGCAACUCCUUCAAGGCCAAAGUCCCCGUGGUGACCUACGAGGACCUCCAACCCGAGAUCCAGCGCAUCGCCAGCGGCGACCGGUCCAACAUCCUGUGCUCUCACCCCAUCUCCGAGUUCCUCACCAGCUCGGGUACUUCGGCUGGAGAGCGAAAGCUGAUGCCGACCAUUCAAGAAGAGUUGGACCGUCGCCAACUACUCUACAGCCUCCUCAUGCCGGUUAUGAACCUUUAUGUGCCUGGACUGGACAAGGGCAAGGGCCUCUACUUCCUCUUCAUCAAGGCGGAGACCAAGACGCCGGGCGGCCUCGUGGCUCGCCCGGUGCUCACAAGCUACUACAAGAGCGAGCACUUCAAGACCCGCCCCUACGAUCCGUACAACGUCUACACGAGCCCGAACGAGGCCAUCCUCUGCGCCGACUCCUUCCAGAGCAUGUACACCCAGAUGCUCUGUGGCCUCCUCAUGCGUGAGGAGGUCCUCCGGGUCGGCGCCGUGUUCGCCUCCGGCCUCCUCCGUGCCAUCAAGUUCCUCCAGCUCAAUUGGCAGCAGCUAGCCCACGACAUCGCCUCCGGUUCCCUCAACCCUAAGAUCACUGACCCUGCCAUCCGGGAGUGCAUGUCCGAGAUCCUAAGCCCUAACCAGGACGUCGCAGAUCUCAUUCGAAAGGAAUGUUCCGGGGAGAAUUGGGAUGGGAUCAUAACUAGGAUUUGGCCCAACACUAAGUACUUGGAUGUGAUUGUGACUGGGGCUAUGGCUCAAUACAUACCAACCCUACAGUAUUAUAGUGGUGGCUUGCCCAUGGCAUGCACUAUGUAUGCAUCAUCCGAGUGCUACUUUGGGCUAAACCUAAAACCCAUGUGCAAGCCCUCAGAGGUCUCGUACACCAUCAUGCCUAACAUGGCAUACUUCGAGUUCCUCCCACAUGACCCGGCAGCCCCACCCCUGUCCCGGGACUCCCCUCCCCAGCUCGUCGACCUGGCGGAUGUCGAGGUCGGGAAGGAAUACGAGCUCAUCAUCACAACCUACUCAGGCCUCUGCCGGUACCGGGUCGGUGACAUCCUCCUGGUCACUGGGUUCCACAACGCUGACCCACAGUUCCGCUUUGUGCGGCGGAAGAAUGUGCUCCUGAGUGUAGAUGCGGACAAGACGGACGAGUCCGAGCUCCAGAAGGCUGUGGAGAGCGCGUCGGCACUCCUCCGCGAGUUCAACACCAGCGUGGUCGAGUACACGAGCUAUGCCGACACCAAGACCAUCCCGGGGCACUAUGUCAUCUACUGGGAACUGCUCGUGAAGGAGGCGACCAACGCACCGACCCACGAGGUGCUCAACCAGUGUUGCCUCGCCAUGGAAGAAUGCCUCAACACAGUCUACCGGCAAUGCCGGGUCGCGGAUAACUCGAUCGGGCCUCUAGAGAUCAGGGUGGUGAAGAACGGCACAUUCGAGGAGGUCAUGGACUACGCAAUCUCUAGGGGCGCUUCGAUCAAUCAAUACAAGGCGCCAAGGUGUGUGAACUUCACGCCUAUAGUGGAGCUUCUCGACUCAAGGGUGGUCUCGGCGCACUUCAGCCCUAGCGCGCCGCACUGGACCCCGGAACGACGUUGCUGACCGGACGAGGAUUGUGGUUGGAUCUAAGUCGGAUCGACCGGAAAAAAGGGAACAAGCUUUUGCUCCUGUCUCUGCCAUAUCAUAUCUCUUUUGUGCUGGACAUUUCCUUAGCUUUUCAAAAGUCUCUCUCUCUCUCUCUCUCUCUCUCUCUCUCUCUAGCUUCUCUUUUGAAUUCCCCCCCACUUUUCUAUGUGUUUGGUGCGCAAUAAUAAGUUCAGAUAAUCUGGGCGAAUGAUGUAAUUGUCAAUGUGGUGUAAGCCUCCAUGUUUGUUCCGUUUUGUGUCUGCUUCCCCCCCUUCGCUUUUGUCUUUCGCAAAAGUUGAAGACAAAGACUUGUAAGAAAGCGGGCUCUGUCGUGGUGAUGACGGGAAAUGGCAAUUUGUUCUCGAAUGGUGGAAACCAUCGAGGGGCAAUGUCGUGAAUUCGGAUGGGGAUCGUGUAGGCAUCUUGUGCAUGGAAUUUUGUUCACGUGCUUGAUA